AUGAUAGCAAUCGAAGAGAUGGAAAGAGAACUACUCAGUAAUUUUUUCGAACUUGAGGGUCUGGGAAUCACCUCCGAUGAAUGCAUAGGGAACAACAACUUUCUUGAAUACUUCAAAAAAUACUCUGACCAAGUUUCAUUCGAGAAUGGAUACGUCACAGCUCCAUCCCCGUUGAAAACUACUGUGCAAAAUAUAACAGACAACUACAGUACAGCCUUAAAGCGGUUGAUGAAUCUCUACAUUCAUCUAGAACAAAACACUACUAAAAAGGGGUGGUAUAGCAAAACACUCAAACAGUAUGAAGAUAAGACGUCAUUGAACGAGUGGAAGAUAAGGCUCCUGGCUUCGUUGGGGCGUACUAUAUGCCACACUCAGGCGUGUGGAAACCUCACAAGCAAAAACCGUUGCGUGUUGUAUUUGACGCCUCCUCGAAAUGCAAAGGACAACUCCCCCUCAACGACGUCACCUAUAAAGGAGAAUCACUCGUGA